AUGGCUCCGCGAGGUCCGAGAGUGGUGGUUCCCGUAGACGUGAAGAAACGGCCGUGGGAACAGGAGCUCCCACUCCACAACAGAUGGCACCCUGAGAUACCUCCCGUCGCAGAUGUCAGAACCGGCGAACUCUUCCGCGUUGAGAUGGUCGACUGGACCGGAGGCCAGAUUGGAGACAACGACUCCGCCGUGGACGUCAAGUCCGUCGAUCUAUCGGUGGUGAGUUCGAGGCUUUCUAGUUCUUUAGAGUGCUCCGCUGACAUAUUUAUCUGUGUUCCAGACAACGGGGAUUGUUGGUAUAUAGUCGGAAAUUCACCGGACGAUUCGAACCCUCCAAGACUUAGCGUUCAUCCUGCCUGCCCUGGAAGUUCAAUAUCACUCCAAAUUCCUAGUAUUCCACCAAGAUCAAUGGUGAUCCAGCAAAACCACGGAGUUGUUUAUGAUACCACUCGAAUUUUGACCUCAUCAAUGUGUACUUUUCUCCGGACCACAGAAACAAAGGUUUCCCUGCGAAAUUCUGAGUCCUGUAAACCAAAUUUAUGUAAUAAAUUGCAGAAGUAGAUAGCCUUCUUCUCACCGAGUGAAUCAUUAAUCCAUUCAGAAACCCACUGGCUACUAAAGUUUUUAUGGCCUUUUUCAACAUCGGAACACUGAUUCCUGACAAUUUCAUCCAGCCGCACUGUCUGAGUGGCCCACUUCGGGUCGUCGAUUCUGAUGGGACGCCAGCCAAGCCGGGGGAUCUCCUUGCAGUCGAGAUAUGCAACCUGGGUCCUCUCCUCGGAGAUGAAUGGGGUUUUACAGCAACUUUUGACAGAGAAAACGGUGGAGGAUUCUUAACCGACCACUUCCCGGGUGCUACAAAGGCCAUCUGGUACUUCGAAGGAAUAUAUGCAUAUUCUCCUCAGAUACCAGGUAUGUAUCUUGUAGAUCCCCAUCCAUUCUUGGUCAUCUGGUUCCUUUCCGUCUCCAAUGGGUAGUUUCUUCAGGCUUUCAGCAAAUUUACUGGUGUUUUCCUGAAUCAUCACAGGGGUACGAUUUCCGGGCUUAGCUCACCCUGGGAUAGUAGGAACUGCGCCGUCGGCAGAACUUCUGAACAUAUGGAACGCAAGGGAAAGAGAACUAGAAGAGAAUGGUGUUGCUUCCCUGAAGUUAUGCGAUGUUCUUCACACGAGGCCGCUUGCGAACCUGCCGACUGCCAAGGGUUGCCUUCUUGGAAAGGUAUGCAGAAUGACUUCCGAAGAGUUUGCCCUCUCACCUGGAUGAAUUUAUGUGCAUAUUUUUCGUCAAUAUAGUGGAGCAAAAUUCGAAUCUGAAAUUUUAUCUUUAUUAAGUGACUCCAACAAACUUUCUGGGCCUUCGGGACAAAUAAAGUUCUAGAAUGACUCCGUUUGUUGGCCUUGCGUAAGGUAAGCAUGAGACGAAUAGGCAAUUAAGCAGUAAUAAUCUAUGUAUCAGAAUCUCGACCGAUUUCUGAGACAAAACUAGCGUACCAUCUUCAAGUGUCGCCUGACAUGUGGAGCUCGUUUGGACAAAAAUCGCAGAUCAAGGAGGGGACAGAAGAAUGGGAAAGGAUUGCGAACGAGGCAGCGAGGACGAUUCCUGGAAGGGAGAACGGCGGAAACUGUGACAUCAAGAAUCUCAGCAGAGGCUCCAAGGUGUACCUUCCGGUGUUCGUGGAAGGGGCGAACUUGAGUGCAGGAGACAUGCACUUCUCACAGGGCGAUGGAGAGGUGUCCUUCUGCGGAGCAAUUGAAAUGAGUGGCUUCCUGGAGCUCAAGUAAUAUGACCCCCCCUCCCCCACUCAUCCCUACCCAUGCACAAGCUUCUAUGUUGGUCGUCCUUCUCGCCAUAUCCUGUGAUCCACAUGAGACGCUGAAUCUUUCUUGUUUCUCAUUUACUCUGAAGGUGCGAGAUCAUAAGGGGCGGGAUGAAGGAGUACCUCACGCCAAUGGGUCCAACCGCGCUGCAUGUGAAUCCAAUCUUCGAGAUUGGACCCAUGGAGCCGAGGUUUUCUGAGUGGCUCGUCUUCGAAGGCAUCAGCGUGGACGAGUCGGGACGGCAGCACUUCCUCGAUGCUAGCAUUGCCUACAAGCGAGCCGUUCUCAACGCCAUUGAUUACCUCUCUAAGUUCGGGUACUCUAAGGAACAGGUCAGUCCGGCGGCAAUCCACCCCUGAUUCCUAAACCUGUGGUCUCAUGGAUGUCGUGGGGGAUAUGUAGGUCUACCUGCUACUCUCAUGCUGCCCUUGUGAAGGAAGGAUCUCGGGAAUUGUCGACACACCAAAUGCUGUUGCCACCCUCGCUAUCCCAAUUGCCAUCUUUGAUCAGGUGGGUCAGUCGGGGAGGCCCAUCUCCUUAUUUUCUCCAACCCCCUUUUCUAGUCUUAUUCUGCUCUUUAUGACGGCGCCGACGAUGAUGAUUAUGAUACGAUGGCUCUAUGAACAGGAUAUCCGACCAAAGAAAGGGAAGGUGCCAACUGGUCCUCGAGUUGUGAAGAGGGUUCCCGAUGUCCUCAGGUGCAGCUAUGACGGGAAUUUGCCCGUAACGCAGAACCCUGGGGGCAAAGAGUCUGAGAUGUGGAAGGGGGCUCGCUCUGCAUAG